AUGCAGGUGACCAGAAGUACCCUACCUGCCUUACUUCCUUACCCUCUUAUCGCCUUGUUAUCGGACUCUGACCGUGUGACGCCCUCCGUUACCUCGCGGAACUAUCAAACAGGUACGAACGUGUCUUUGCGGACUAAAUGUUUUGUAGGUAUAUAAAAUGUUUUCAAGGACUAAAUGUUUUGUAGACAGGCCAAUAUAACGUGUGUUUCUGGUCUCUAUCAAAUGUCUGAAAUCUUUAUUUUGUGUCUAGAGAGAAAAGCUGAGCGCUGUCUGCCUCCUCUGUCUGUCAUAGACUUUCUUCACAGCAGGUAAGAAAGUCUGGGUAAUAGUCCUCUACUCUCAUGUGUGUUAUAUCACAGUUUACAGUUUUAAAGUAACAAUUUUUAUCAGUGUAGCUCGAUGUUUUAUUGAAACUAUCGACUCUUUUGUUGUAAGUGAAACUGAAACUGUUGAGCUGGUUCACAAAGCAAUGAAGGACACUGGAGGGUUUGUUACUAUUUAAACCACAAAUGUCAUAAGAUCAGGUUCAAAUGUUAUGUUUGCGAUUAAACCAAACCUGACUAAAGCUUGCUGAAGUUUAUAGAGAUGUAACGUAGUUGACCCAGCAGCAGAGAGAGCAGUAGAUCUACCGUUUGUUCAGGAUUAUAAAAAUCACAUCAUGUUUUUAAAGAUUAAUCCUUCUCUGUCUGCAGCUAAACUGUUUAAUGUAGAAAAGUCUGUAUUCAUUACAAGUUAGUUAGAGCUGUCAGUUAACUGCUUUAAUUACAUUUUCAUUGUUUUCAGAAUGGGAUUAUUUUGCAUGUCAAACAAUUUCUCAUAUCCAUAUUAACAAAAUAAUUAAAGAGGACCCUGAGGUUUCCAUUACCACAGUUUAAAUGUUUUAUUUUUCCUUUACUAAGUUAUUUUCAGUGACAUAGUCUCUCUUUAUGUUUCAUCUGACUUUGUUUUUUGUUUAUAAGCUUUAGGAUGUUUCCUCUGAUGGACAGAAAGUUCCUCACCCUUCCCUUUGGUGCCUUCACUGACCUGCUUUUCCUCACUGUUGUCUUUCUCACCCUGAUACAUUCCUGUGCAGGUGAAUCAUAAACAUCACUAACACUUUAAUGUUAAGAUGUAAAAUUAGUUCGUAUUAACUGAAAAUAAAGUUUGCCUGUCAACUUAAACACAGUUGUCUGCUGAUGUUCCAAAACUAAAACCAAACUCCUGUUUCUACUUCAGGUCAGGAGCUGAUUGGUCCAUCUCGCCCUAUUGUGUCAUUGAUUGGUGAGGAUGUCAUUUUCCCAAGUUACCUGGAACCUGCCAUGAACACCUUUGACAUGACCGUGGAGUGGUCUAGACCUGACUUGGACCCCAGAUUUGUCUUUGUGUGGCGUGACGGCGUGGAGCUAGGGAGUAAUAAACAUCCAUCCUUCAUUGGAAGAUCAUUAGUGUUUAUUGAUAAACUGAGACAUGGAAACGUUUCCAUGAAACUCUCUGAAGUCAAACUCUCAGAUGAAGGAGGAUACAGAUGCUUCAUUCCUACAUUAUCUAAAGAUGUCACAGUUCAGCUGCUUGUUGGUGAGUUGGAACAAUUUGUCCCUUCUUAACUGACUUCUCUGUAGUUGUAAAUAUCGCGAGGAUUUCUUUACAAUUUUUACAAGUUACAAAUAAAACUUGAUUCAGAUUUAAUAGAAGUUAAAACCCAGGUGCUGGAAAAUUGUGCUUCUUUUAUCUAAAAAUAUUCAUUCCUGGACAAAGAUCAGAUGUUGUACAUUUUGAUAGUUAAAGGGAUAUUCCGGCGUAAAAUUAAGUUAGGGUCAAACACACUGUAACACCGAGUUAGACACCCCCUCGAGAGAUGAAUGUUGCAGACUGCUUGUUUCUCUAGUUAUACCAACUUUAGUAAUGACCGCAUUUUAGCAAUGCACAGUGGUCUGAGUAGCCAAUCACAAACCUCAACCAAAAAGCCACUCUAUAGCCACAAAUAAUACUCAGAACAGCACCUAACUUCAUCAACAGUACAUACAGGGUCAUAGCCAUAGUACUAGCCACCAAACAUCUUUUUAGCUUUGCCUAAUUUCUUUAGCAAAGAGACUAAACACAACUCACCCACUCGCCUCCAGCAGCCGCUUGUUUGUGGGGAGAGCUCUGACAAGUCUAUCACCGAAUGCAGCGGGGUGACGCAGCUCAAGGAAGAACAUUUAUGAUCAUUUCUUCAUGAAAAUGCAAUCAGACAAGACACUAAGGCAGAAGAACUACCGCAUCUGCAGUGCAAAAUGAUUAAUAUAGUGAUUAUUACUUCAAGGAAAUGACAAAGGAAUGAUCAUUAAUGUCCUUCCUUGAGCUGUUGAGUGUGAUUGUUGCUAAAGUUGGUACAGCCAGAGAAGCAAGCAGUCGGCAACAUUCAUCUCUUAAGGGGGUGUCUAACUCUGUGUUACGGUGUGUUUGACCCUUACUUAAUUUUACGCCAGAAUAUCCCUUUGAAGACACCUCUCUCUCUCUCUCUCUCUCUGAGUGAGAUGGCGUGAGAUGUUGGUGUGAGUGUGUUUAUGAGUUGUUUGUCUAUUAUUCAGUGUUAAGAGGGUUGUGGUUUGUUGAGCGUGUGAGGGUGUGAGUGCUUCGGUUUGGUGGGCGGCGUGCUAACAGCACAAUGCCGGUAGCAGAGGCUGCAGCCGCGGAGUUUGAAAAGCUGACUCGCCGGCAUGCGAUAAAGCUGAACCCCGCGGUGCAGUGCUUGGUGGAGGAAGCCAGCCUGGCUGUAGGAGAGGUGGUCGGGUACGACUCAGUGAAGUCUGCCUCACGAAUGAACGGGGCUAUUGUGAUUUUUUUAAGCAGUACGGUGCUGGUUAACGAGGUGGUGGAGAAAGGAGUAGUGAUUCACGACACCUUCACUCCGGUCUCCCCCCUCGUUAGCCCGGCCACGAAAGUUACCAUCUCUAAUGCCCCCCCGUUUAUCAAAAAUGAAACCCUGGCGAAAGAACUGUUCAGGUACGGACAGGUGGUGUCACCGAUUAAAAUGGUCUCUCUGGGCUGUAAAUCCCCAAAACUGAAACACGUAGUGUGUCACAGGAGACAGGUGUAAAUGAUCCUGAAGGAUAAAAGUAAUGAUCUAAACCUGUCGUUUUCAUUUAAAAUAGAGUGUGUGUGUGUGUGUCUGUGUGUGUGUGUGUGUGUGAGAGAGAGAGCGAGAGAGCUGUUCAGCUUUCUGGCUGAUCAGACAGCAUGUGUGGCUUCACCAAAUGUGGUCAUUGUGACCAAGGAAGAUGAUGUUAUAAGCAACAGUACUAUUAAUCUGGCUGGGGUUGGCACCAUGCAGUCAUGAAGAAGCUAACACCCAGAUCUUUGUGCAUGCCAGGCAUGCCACAAAAGCAGGCAGCAAGGUCAUCAUGGUCAAAGCCAAUGACACAGAUGUUGUUGUCAUUGCAGUGAAUGUUCUGCAGGCACUUCAGAACCUGGGUCUGCAGCAGUUGUGGGUUGCCUUUGGCCAAAGACAGAACCUGAAGUGGAUUCCUGUUCAUGACCUGUGUGGCACUCUUGCAGAAAAGAGCAAAGGGAUGCUCUUCUUCCAUGCAUUCACUGGUUGCAAUGUUGUUUCAGCAUUCCAUGGCAAAGGGAAGAAGUCUGCUUGGCAAACCUGGAAUGUUUGUGAUGAGGCUUCCAGUGUCUUCAGCAAACUCAGCCAUUACCCACCUGUAUUGGAUGAUGAGGACCUGAAAACCCUGGAGAAGUUUGUGGUCAUAUUGUACGACAGAUCCAGCACAGCUGAAGGUGUCGAAGAUGCAAGGUUGGACAUGUUUGCUUGGAAGCAGAGGCCGUACAAAGCCAUUCCUCCAACUCGAUCAGCACUUAAGCAAUAUGUCAUGCGUGCAUCCUACCAAGCGGGCUGCAUCUGGAGUCAGUCAAUAGUAUGUUAACCAGAAACACAUAGUCCUGCCAACUGGGGCUGGACCAAGAAAGGAGAUCUGUGGCAGAUUGUUUGGACAGAGCUCCCACCCAUUGCAGAGAGUUGCCAGCAGCUGACCAAGUGUGGAUGCAAGUCGGAAUGCUGCGGUCGAUGCAAAUGCUACUGCUUUGGUCUGACCUGCACAGCACUGUGCAGCUGCACGUGUGAGGUUUAGAAAUGCUGUAGUAAAAGCCUACUCAUCCAAACGGCCUACAUGUAAAAAAAAAAAAGUAAAUAAAAAAUAAAAAAACCUUCCUCGGUAGGAUCACCACCUUAUUGUGGUGUGUGGUGGGGCAGUUUGUGUGUCUCCAUGACCCCUAGAGCCAUGCCAGCUGGAGUAUUGUACUCCUGGCAGGGUCACCCACGCCAAACAGCUCGAAGGAUAGAGAUAACAGACAAAGAGUGAUCCCAUGGUGCUACCAUGCAUUUUAGGUGAAAUUCAAAUUUAUCAGAAUAUUAGGAUUCUGGGACUGAUAUGUGCAGUGAGGACACACCCUUGCCCACGCACUUGCCCUCCUUGCAACUCCCCCCCCCACCAGAAACACAUAGUCCUGCCAACUGGGGCUGGACCAAGAAAGGAGAUCUGUGGCAGAUUGUUUGGACAGAGCUCCCACCCAUUGCAGAGAGUUGCCAGCAGCUGACCAAGUGUGGAUGCAAGUCGGAAUGCUGCGGUCGAUGCAAAUGCUACUGCUUUGGUCUGACCUGCACAGCACUGUGCAGCUGCACGUGUGAGGUUUAGAAAUGCUGUAGUAAAAGCCUACUCAUCCAAACGGCCUACAUGUAAAAAAAAAAAAGUAAAUAAAAAAUAAAAAAACCUUCCUCGGUAGGAUCACCACCUUAUUGUGGUGUGUGGUGGGGCAGUUUGUGUGUCUCCAUGACCCCUAGAGCCAUGCCAGCUGGAGUAUUGUACUCCUGGCAGGGUCACCCACGCCAAACAGCUCGAAGGAUAGAGAUAACAGACAAAGAGUGAUCCCAUGGUGCUACCAUGCAUUUUAGGUGAAAUUCAAAUUUAUCAGAAUAUUAGGAUUCUGGGACUGAUAUGUGCAGUGAGGACACACCCUUGCCCACGCACUUGCCCUCCUUGCAACUCCCCCCCCCCCCCCACACACACACACACACACGCGCGUGCAGCACACACUAGACCUCUAACCUCUAAGAUAUAGGUUACCAACCAUUUUACCAAAGUCGGACAUAAUGUAAACCUCAUAAAUACCAGAAUAUUAGGAUUCCGGGACUGAAAUAUGGUACAAGGAAGCCAGUAAGUAAGUCCAUGGGUCCAAAUUUGGAUUCUGCAUAGUGGAAAAUGUAUGAUAUGACACCAAGUUCAUCCAAAUAGGACAAGUCUAUGGAAUUUUAUUGCAAAAUGCAAUAUUACUGUAUUUUCAUUGGUGGCCAUCUUGAAAAAUGGCCGCCAUCUUGAAUUUUCCUUUGGCCAGACGGAAAUAUCAAAAGAGCAACUUCUAAGGAGUAUGUGUGCCAAUUUUGGUGCUUUUAUCCGCAAGUGAACGAUUAUUACCGUUAUCUGCCCAGCUAUGAAGGCUGCUUGGAGCGAGAAGAGCUCAUGCUUUCAGACUCGGCAGACGAGAGCACGAGCAAAGUGAUUAGUGAUGAUUUCAUGGAGGAAGGCAUGUCAGAUGAUGAACUUCUUAAAGUGUCUCAAAAAAGGAAAAAUAUUGUGACUGUUAAAAAGAACAAAAAAACGAGAAAAACGAUUAUGAGGAAGACCCCAGAGUCAGAGAGUGACUUCUCUUUUACCCAGGACUCUCAGUCGCCUUACUCCCCGGCUCAGAUCAAAACUUUCCUGGCACAGAUUAAGGGCUCCAGGCUGCCCAAUAUAAGAGAGUAUUUCCCAGACCUACGCUCUUUUAUGAGGUCAGCCAGACCCCUCACCAGGAAGAGCCAUGGGGAGGAGGUUUUAACAGAACAAGAGGUCUUCAGACUCAAAAAGGUUUUAGGGAGGGUAAAAGAGCAAUUCAUCAGUGACGAAGAUGAGUUUUAGAUGCUUUUACCCUUCACUGACUGUUCUCCUGAGUGUUUUUUAUUUUUUAUCCAUGUGUGAUUUUAAUAUCAGUACCUUAAACCUAAACGGGGCCAGGGCUGAUUUUAAACGCGCCACUCUUUUUAAAUUGAUGGAGACCAAAAGAAUAGAUAUCAUUUUUGUCCAAGAAACCCACAGCAGCUUAGAUAACGAGAGUGACUGGAAGAGGGCUUUUAACGGGGAGGUAGUUUUAAGCCAUAAGUCCAGCGGAGCGGAGGGGUGGAGAUUUUAUUUGCACAGAGUUUUUUACCCUUUUCUUUUACUGUCCAUGAGAUCAUCCCAGGUGUUUUAUUGAAGGUAAAAGCUGUCUUUGAGAAUGUAAAAUGUGUGUUUUUAAAUGUCUACGCUCCUACCAAUGCUGUGGAGCGAAUAGCAUUUUUAAACAUUUUAAAGGACUGUGUUAGGGACUGUGAGAGCGAUGGUUUUAUGUUUUUAGGGGGAGAUUUUAACUGCAGCUGAUCCAUCCCUGGACAGGAACCAUCCUGAACCACACCCACCCUCAUCACACACACUCCGGCGGCUGACAGAGAGUCAGGAGCUGAGUGAUGUGUGGAGGGUUUUUAACAGUCAGCACAGACAGUUCACCUGGAGUCACAGUAGGGAGGGGGUUUUAACUCUAGCCAGACUGGACCGUUUUUACUGUUUUAAACACCAUUUAAACAUUUUUAAAAGGUGUUUUAUGCUGCCAGUUGGUUUUACGUCUCCUGUCAUGUUUUUAUCAAAAACAUUCGUUUAAAGAGCGCCUAUUGGCAUUUUAACACAGCCCUUUUAUCUGACCAGGCUUUUAGAACUGCUUUUAGGGUUUUUUGGGAAUCCCACAGAGAGAGCAGGCCUGCCUUCACUAACAUACAACAGUGGUGGGAUUUUGGGAAAGCCCAGAUAAAACAGCUCAGCCAGCAGUUCACUCGCGGUGUUACUACAGACUUAGCUCGGUCCAUGAAAGACCUGGAGUCGCAGGUGGUAGAGCUGCAGACUACUGCAGACUUUACAGCAAAUCGAGGGCUUUUAGACUCCCUCAAGUCCAAAAAGUCAGCAUUAGCCAACCUAAGGGCGUCUCAGCACAGGGGGCUCUGGUCAGGUCUUGUUUCAUGAACAUCACACAGAUGGACGCCCCAUCUCGCUUCUUCUUUGGGUUGGAGCGGAAAAAUGGACAAAGGAAGACCAUUCACUGUUUACAGAUGGGUAGCAGCUCCGAAGUCUCAGACUCGUCUGAGAUCAGGAAGUUUGUUGCCAACUACUACAGAAACCUCUUUAAGAGUGAGUGGUCGCAUAAUCCAGAAGUGCACAGCAACUUCCUGGCGGGUCUCCCUCAGGUCAGCGAGGCUGACAACAGCAGACUGGCAGCAGAGGUGACGCUGCAGGAGCUCCAUGCAGCCACCAUGAGCCUGCAGAGCAACAGAGCUCCAGGCAUAGACGGCCUUCCUGCUGACUUUUACAAGUCCUUCUGGUCCAUCAUAGGACCAGACCUGCUAGAGGUCAUGACAGAAAGUCUGAGGACCGGCAGGCUACCUCUGAGCUGCAGGAGGGCCGUCAUCACCCUGCUGCCCAAGAAGGGAGACCUGCAGGAGCUGAAAAACUGGAGACCAGUCUCCCUGCUGUGCACGGAUUAUAAGAUCCUGUCCAAGGCUCUGACCCUCAGACUGAGGGAGGUGAUGGCGUCCAUCAUCCACCCUGACCAGACCUACUGUGUGCCUGGCAGGCUCAUCAGUGACAACGUCACUUUAAUUCGAGACAUUUUGGAGCUCUCCAGGUCAUUGGGUAUAGAGACUGGUCUUAUUUCCAUAGAUCAGGAAAAGGCUUUUGACCGGGUUGAACACCAGUACUUGUGGCAGACUCUGGCUGCCUUUGGGUUCAACCCUGGGUUCAUAGCCAUGGUCUGGGUUCUCUACAGUGACAUUGCGAGUGUUCUGAAAAUUAACGGCGGGCUGAGUGCACCAUUCGAGAUCCAGAGAGGGGUGAGGCAGGGCUGCUCUCUCUCUGGGAUGCUAUAUUCAGUUGCCAUCGAGCCUUUGCUUCACAAUCUGAGAGACAAACUAAGUGGUGUGAGUUUCCCCCGGUGCCCUGUGUCUUUUAAAUUGUCCGUAUAUGCUGACGAUCUCAUUGUUUUAGUAAAAACACAAAGAAACAUCGACAUUUUAACUGACACUGCUCAUGACUUUGAUUUUAUCUCCUCAGCUAGGGUGAACUGGGGGAAAAGCGAGGCUCUGAUGGCUGGAGGGGAGCUGGGGGGCCGGCUCAGGCUGCCCGGGGGCCUACAGUGGAAAAAAGGAGGACUCCGGUACCUUGGGGUCUUCCUAGGAGAUGAGACCUACAUACAGAAAAACUGGGACAAUGUCCUAGAGCAGGUUAAAGGUCGGCUGGAGAAGUGGAAGUGGCUACUCCCAAAAAUGUCGUACAGAGGCCGAACCUUAAUCGCAAAUAAUCUGGUCUCAUCUUCCCUGUGGCACCGGCUGGCCUGUGUCGAUCCUCCAGCUUCUCUCCUUUCCAAGAUUCAGUCGUUUUUAGUUGAUUUUAUUUGGGACAGACUCCACUGGGUCCCACAGAGUGUCCUGUUUUUACCAAAAGAGGAGGGGGGCCAGGGCCUGGUCCACCUGGCCAGCAGGGGCGCAGCCUUCAGGCUCCAAUUCAUACAAAGGCUGCUGACGGGGCCGAAGGACACUCUUUGGAGACCCCUGUCCCGCUGCAUUCUGCAGGGUUUUAACAGCCUGGGUCAGGAUUUUAAUUUGUUUUUAAUGAACACACAGAACAUGAGCACAUCUUCUCUACCUGCUUUUUAUCAAAGUGUUUUUAAGGUCUGGGGCCUGAUGAGGAAGGAGAGGAGGGGCCAAGUGGACUCGAUAUACUAGCUCCUGCAGGAACCGGUCCUAUGGGGGACCUGUCUGGAUCUUCCCAGCUGGGCAGGACAGAGUCUAGAGGAAAAACUGCAGACAGCGGGGAUUGUCACUCUGGGGCAGGUGGUGGAUCUGACGGGACCCCGAAUGGACGACCCUGCUGGACUCGCUGCCCGGCUGGGACUUUUAUCGAUGAGUGUCACCCAAAAACUCAUAGAGCACUGGAGACAAAGACUCACAGGACAUGACCGCCUGCUUUUAAACUCCCCUUUUACCCAGACCGUGAACGAAGAAAACCCCUUUCCUGCCAUCUUCCUGGCACCGGAUUUUAAGGACUGUUCUGGCCCGCUGUUGGAUUUUAACCACCCCGCCCCUUUGGAGGGCACAACUGGGAAAACCUUUUAUAACAUCUUGGUGAAAACAAUAAACAGGAAAAAACUGAACCAAAGACCUGACACCCCAUGGAGGACCUGUCUGAGCCUGGCUCCUGAGGCCAGGCCUGAGUGGAGGGCCUUCUAUAAACCUCCACUCUCAAAGAAACACACGGAUGUACACUGGAGAGUCCUCCAUGGGGUCAUAGCAGUGAACUCUUUUAUAUCGCACAUUAACCCGGCAGUAGAGGACACAUGUCCCUACUGCCCACAGAGAGAGACAAUUUUUCACUGUUUUUAUGAAUGUCUGCGUCUUUUACCCUUGUUUCUGUUUUUACAAACUGUUUUUACCAAGUGUGGAGAGGUUUUUAACAAGCAGGUUUUUAUUCUGGGUUUUAAAUACACACGCCAACACAAGAACAAGUGCCAGCUUUAAACUUUGUUUUAGGGCAGGCCAAGAUGGCUGUGUAUUUUAGCCGCAGGAGGAAGGUGGAGGAUGGUUUUAUUGUUGACCCAGUCACUGUAUGUAAGAACAUGAUCAAGUCCAGACUCCUCAUCGAUUUUAAUUUCCACAAAGCAGGAGGAGAUCUGGACUCAUUCCAGCAGGUUUGGGGUUUUAAUCAGGUGUUGUGUUCAAUAGCAGGAAAUAUUUUACAGUUUGAAGAUGUGCUCAUGUAAUUUUUAUUUAUUUAUUUAUCUAUUUUUUGACUCUGUGUGAUUGAUUGUAUGAAUCAACCUCUUUUUUGAAAAAAGAGCGAGAAAUAAAGUAGAUUCAAAAAUCAAAUCAAAAAUCAAAUCAAAAAUCUCUACCUCUCUCUCUCUCUCUCUCUCUACCUCUCUCUCACUCACUCGCUCUCUCGCUCUCUCUCUCUCUCUCUCUCUCUCUCUCUCCCUCUCUCUCCUGUAGGAGCUGUCUCCUCACCUGUUUUAAGAGUGACCAGAAACAACAGUGGAGUGUUGUUGGAGUGUGAGUCUAAAGGCUGGUAUCCAGAACCAGAGAUGUUUCUGUUGGACGCUGAGGGAAACCUUCUCUCUUCAUCACCCACUGAGACCAUCAGAGGUCCUGAUGAUCUCUACACUGUCAGCAGAAAAGUGACUGUGGAGGAGAAACACGGGAAGAACUUCAGCUGUAGAGUCACACAGAAGAAGAUCCACCAGAGCAGAGAGACACACACUGUUAUUCCAGGUAAAUCUGAGUCAGGAGUUCAUGAUGUGAUCUCUGAGCUGAACUGUAAAUGUUCACAAAGUUCUCUGUUUAUCAUCACAGAUCAUUUCUUCGUGGUACCAACUACUCCCAGUACUCCCAUUCUCCCCAGUUCUUCUGGUUCUCCUGCUUCUUCUAGUUCUCAGCCUGUUAUCAUCGGCUCAGUGAUCAUCUGUGCUGGUCUGGUUUUGAUUCCUUUGGUCGUCUUCAUUUUGUGGAGAAGGAGAAAAAAUAAACUCAGUGAGUCAAAGAGUUUCUUUUUUUCUAAUCUGGAGAUAUUUUCAGGUUGUCCUUCUUUCCUCUUAUGAAUGGGAUAUUAUGGGAAUGUCUGCUCUAAAUUUGGUCCAAACCUCUCCAGAUUUGCACAGAUGUCCUUCUGGGUUCAGAGACUGACUGAGUCAAUGUCUGGGGUCCUGGUCCAGGUUCAGUGUGACCCCCUCAUCAUUCAGUUCUCCUGAGCCUCAUGUGUUGGCAGCUCUCAGCAAAGAUUUUAUAUCAUGUAGUUUAUUUUUCAUUCUUGAAAAAGUCUCUGCUCUUGGUGAAAAGUGGACAAAGCUUCUUUUCCCAAAUGUGACCAGUUUCUCGUUCUUCUCUGUCCUCACAGAAAACAAGAGGGACCAUGAGAGCGGGACUGAGCAGACUGAAGAGGGAAAAACAAAAACAUCUAAAGGAGAUUUAACAGAGUUUAAUGUGGAGAAGGAAGGAGAAGAAAGAGAAGCACUUAUGAAAGGAGGAGAAGAAGAGAAUAAAGUGGAUGAUGAAAGAGAAGAAGACAACAGAUCUCAGAGUGAACCUGAAGAUCAGCUCAUGACAAAACCAGAGUCAUUAAAUGAAAUGGACAGAACAUCAGGAGGAAGAGAGAUAAAGAAGAGUGAUGAGAGAAAAGAAGAAAUAAAACAGGUACAGGAAAUGGAACAAGAGCAGACAGUGAGACCAGUUCAGGAAAAUUCAGGACUUCAGAUGGAUCUGUUCACUGCAGACAGACAAAGAAAACAGCCUCAAAAUCUCAACAAUCAAGAGAUAGAGCGAGAGACAGAGAGAGAUGAGGACAAUGAAGGAGAGAAAUCUGAGAAAAAGAGGAGAAAGAAAGAGAAAAAACAAGAGCAGAAGAAAAAGGGAGGCUCUGCAUCGAGAGGGAAGAAGAAGUUAAAGGACAAACAAAGAGAAGAAAUGAAACCAAAGGAAGAGAGUCUGACAGAGAUGGAGGAAAGUAAAAAAACAGAUGAGACAGAGCUUAGUCAACAGAAAGAGAAAUGUGUUUUCAGAGAUGACAAACAUAAAAGAGAUGAGACAGAAUUCAAAGAGAAAACAGAGAAAGAUCAAGAGAGAAAACAGCCGCAUGUUUCGAGACUAAAGAUAGAGAGAGAAGAGAAAUUAACAGAGCAAAGUGAUGAGAAACUAAGAGAGACAACAAAAAUGAAGGACAAAAAUAAGCAUCCAUCAACUGAUGAAGUUUUAGAGAAGUCUGAUCCAAAAUUACAUCCAGAUACAGCAGAAAGAAAAAAAGGAGAGCUUCAAGGAGAAGCAGGCAGUAAUGAAACUUGUAAUGGACUUGUAAUGGUUCUGGUAGCAGAUGGACAAAUAAAGAGGCAAGAACUUGAAACAAAUCAGAAUAUCAAGAAUCAAGAGCUUAAAGGUGAGAAGGAGGUCCAGACAGAGAAACAAGAAGAAAAACAUGAUAAAUAUCAGGAAGAAAACAAAAAUGAUCUGGAAGAAUCCACCAUCAAGAUAAAGGCUGUGAUUAAAAAUAGACAAGAAGAUGAGUUUAGAGGAGAUUUACAAACUGACAUUAAUGAAACUUUGAUGGAGACCAAAGAGAAGCUGAACCAAACCAAAGAAGACCGAGGAAAACAGGCAGAGCAACAGCUGGAGGUAAAGGAGAAAGACAGAGAGAAGACAGAGGAAUCCACUGAGGAGGUGAAGGUAAUGGAUGAAGAAAUGAUGAAGACUGAAGAAGAUAACAUUAAUGUCACUCAAAAGAAGGAUGGGGGGGUUCAAAACCAAAAUGAAAGGAGGAGAAGAAGAGAAGAAGCAGUUAGAAGAGCAGCUGAACGAAGAGGAACGAGACAGCAUAAGGGAGCAGACAGAGAAAUCAGGGAGGAGGGAAAAGAAGAAGGUGGAGGAGGACGGACAGAAGAGUCAGAAGAAGACAUGGACACACAUGAAAAUCAAAGUGAGACAAAAAAGACAGAGAGCCUUUUUAAAGGAGCAGAAGGGGAGCAGCAGAUCAUGUUACAACCUGAAAUCGAUAUGGAAAUCAGUGAAGAGGGAAAAGAAGGAGGUGAAGAAGGACAGACAAAAGAGUCUCAGACUGAAGAACCCAUGGAUAUUGAAUAA